UGGCCGAUGUACGACCUGUGUCAGGCUCCUCCCCUGCCACAGCUUCACACAGGUGAGAAUUUCCACUCCACUCACCCGGAAAAUGUAGUGACGACCUUUUAUUGGGAGGUGACAUGGCAAUAACGAAGGGAUUUUUUCUAACAGAAAUGUUAUAAGCAGGAACAUAACGCACUGUGUUGACCGUACACAGACUAGAGUGAGUUAGUGUGACGGUGUGCCAGUAAAACAAUGUUGCCGACCACCACCGCCCUCAGUGGCCGUGACGGUGAGCACCUCGACCACCAGGAGUUGGUGGACAGAAACAAUAAUGACCAGAUUGGUGGUGAUAGUCAAGGCAAUGACAGUGAUAACUAUAAGGGUGAAGGAGUUGAUGGUGGCCCUCACAGCCGCAGUGUUGAUGUGCGCCACACCUCAGGAACCGCCAGUGCCAAGUACCAACUGCGGCCGCGGUCAGGACAGUCACACCGCCGCUACGACUGUGAGUGGAGUCUUCACGAAACUUUAAGACAUAAGCCACGCCCGCCGCCGCUUUCCAGGUAUCGUAGGAAGACGGCUAAUGCCCGGGAGAGAUACCGCAUGAGGCAGAUCAACACAGCCUUCGAGAGCUUGCGGUGUGUACUGCCCUCGUGGGUGUGUCGUAGACGUGCUGCCGCCGACAUGACCAAGAUCACGACGCUGAGACUCGCCUCCGCCUACAUCAGGUCCCUCCAGGACAUCCUUGACGGUAACGCCCAUCAGGACACCUGUUCGUGGGUCCUCUCCAGCCUCCUGCAGGAAGCUCCCAGCCCCAAGAAACCCAGAUUGGAACACAACUUCAACAAUACCGACGGACCGGCAGACCCUCCCACCACGCCGACGGAACCCCACCUGGUGUCUCUCCUGUGUGAAACCUCGGGGACUGGGAUCCUUGAGGACAGCUUGUCGUUCUCGUACCCUUCGGUGGCGUCUGAGGCUGAGGGCGUCACACUCCUGCUGGGAUGUGACGUUCCAGCCCCCGCCUGGACCACCCUCCACACCUCUCUGGUUACCUGACACCACAUCAUCACCGCAUCGCCGUGGACUCCUUAUACUGGGGUUCGAAUCCUUUUCUUCCUGACUCGACACCGUAAAGUAGUUAGUGUGGGGUGGUGGGGGGCUCUGCUGUCACUGUACUGGCUUCAUCUUGACACUCCUGGCCUACGAAACUUACCAUCCCUGUGAACCCUCGUGUUCUUAACCACUAGAGUACGGUGUUCAGACCUCCGAGUACAGUGUUAUCGUACUCAAGGAAAUUGGUCAUGGUACUCGAGAGGUUAAAAUAUCUUACUUGUUGAGCUAUUUUCUUGUACUUAAGAGCUUGGUAACAUGGGUCAAUGAGUUAACGAUUAAUUGUAUCUAUAGUGCUACAUCCUUGACCUCAAAAUUCCUUUAUCAUGAAAAGUUUAAUAAAAAAAAGAAGAAAAUUGGCGCCAAAUAUAUAUAAGACUUUCUUCGCAAAUGUCUGUCCUAUAAUUGUGUUGCUAUUUCCGUCCACCACCCACAUCACCACAAUCCCCCACACACCCACAUAGCCCCCUACACUACCACCCACAACCCCCCCCCCACACCAUAAUUGCCACCACUUACACCACCUAUCAACACCAUUAUACUUAAAGACGAGUACAUGCCUCUCACCAUCUUGUCCCCCUGAACACACCAUCAACAUCACCACUACACAGGAUCCCAACACAAAACUCACAGCUGAAUCUGCCUUGAAUGUGUGUGGGAUAUUUACAUGGAAACACACACACACACACGUGAGAGAAGACAAGAGGUAAAAGAAAUAGAUAGAUAAAUAAAUAGGUAAAUAGAUAAAUAGGUAAAUAGAUAGAUAAAAGUCGUAAAUAGACUAAAAUCAGAUUCACAGCAAGUCAUUUACUUUUUACUUUUAAGGCUACAAGUUUCUUUAGUAUAAAUCUAUUGAGUGUAUGACGAGUGUACAACCUGUGUCUUCGUUGGUUAUGCUAGGAUGACUACUGUGUAUUAGGACCUCUGUGUAUUAGGACCUCUGUGUAUUAGGACCUCUGUGUAUUAGGGCCUCUGUGUAUUAGGGCCUCUGUGUAUUAGGACCUCUGUGUAUUGGGACCUCUGUGUAUUAGGACCUCUGUGUAUUAGGACCUCUGUGUAUUAGGACCUUUGUGUAUUAGGACCUCUGUGUAUUAGGACCUCUGUGUAUUAGGGCCUCUGUGUAUUAGGACCUCUGUGUAUUAGGACCUCUGUGUAGUAGGACCUCUGUGUAUUAGGACCUCUGUGUAUUAGGACCUCUGUGUAGUAUGACCUCUGUGUAGUAUGACUUCUGUGUAGCACGACCUCUGUGUAUUAGGGCCUCUGUGUAUUAGGGCCUCUGUGUAUUAGGACCUCUGUGUAUUAGGACCUCUGUGUAUUAGGACCUCUGUGUAUUAGGACCUCUGUGUAUUGGGACUACUGUAUAUUAGGACCUCUGUGUAUUAGGACCUCUGUGUAUUAGGACCUCUGUGAACUAGGACUUCUGUGUAGUAGGACCUCUGUGAAAUGGGUGUUUUAGGAGCCAGCAUUGACUUCACGUGUGGAGGGGGGAGGGAGUCAGGGCCAAUCCACCAAUCCUCCCAAAAUAAUAAUAAUAAUAAUAAUAAUAAUUUGUACAACCUCGUAGAGCAAAUUUUUAAAUGCCUUGGUACUUCUAGUUAAGAAAAUGCAAUGAUUAUGACAAAAACUUAUGAUUCUUUCUUUCUUUCUGUCUUUCUUUCUUUCUAUAUUUCUUUCUUCAUUUUCUUUCUGUCUUUCUUUCUCUCUUUCUUUAUAUUUUCUCAUGGUAUCUUACGUUAAAUUUUCCUCCUAACUGUUGAUGUGAGAACUCGUCUAACUGGCUCAUUUAAUCCUAUUCAAUAUAUUAAUUCUAUUCAAUAAAUCCUAUUCAAUGUAAUAAUACAGAUGGCAGCCAAAAUGAAUCAUAAACUACACUAAGACUCGACCUUAAGAUAAAGUUAUUUCUUCUGAUUAAUUGUGGGGAGGUAAAAAUAUACUAAUU